GCGAAUAGCUGCGUAUCGCAUCGCUGCGAUCGAGCGCCGAAGAAAACCGAGCCGAGGAAAACGUAUUUCCACUUGCCUGACCAUAGAUAUUUUGCUGGCGCAGCUCGCACUCGCACUCGCGACGGCCAAUGAAAAGUGCAGUGAAUGUACCAGUUGUCGAUGAUUUUUUUUCCUGUUGCGCGGUUGCCAGUGCGAAAAGAAUAGAAUAGAAAAGAAAAGUGCUAAUUGUGCAAUUGCAAUUGCAAUUGAUUGACAACCCGAGCGAUCGAUUUUAUCGGUUGGGGGGCAGUGCGUUGGAUCGUUAGAUCAUUCAAAGUCAAAGAUGAAAACAUGAAGCCUGCCGCCGCCGUCGCGAAUCCGAAUCCGAAUUGAAAGCCACUAAAUAGUAGAAGGCAGCGAAAGGCAGCGAAAGGCAGAGGCAGAGGCAGCAGACGCAGAUCAUCGCAGAUCAUCGCAAAUCACCGCAGAUCGCAAACAACAACCAACGAGUGGAGAAGCGAAAAAAUGAUGCCGCCAAGACUGCCAGGCGGCGGCCAUGGAGCAGGAGGAGUCAUGGGUAGUCGGAGCACCAGCAGUGGCCACCACUUAAACACAAUGUUUCACAAGCGCCGACGGAGGCGACAGCAGCACCACAUCAGUAUCAGCCACGGCAGCUACCUGGCCCUGCUCCUGCUCUCCACCACCUGCUCCCUGGUGGCCACCAGCGCCUCCGCUUCAUCCGCAUCAUCCUCCACUGGCAUUGCGCCACCAGAUGCGCCGCCGGUCAGCCAGUUGUCCAUCGCCUCCAGCUCGCCCUGCGCCCCACAGCAUUGGUGGGACUCGCAGCGGGAUCGCUGCACACCGUGCACCCGCUGCCAGGGCGAGAUGAUACCGCUGCGUCCCUGCCAGCUGCACACGGACACCAUCUGCGGCUCCAUAUACGACCUCAAGAUCGACUGGGUCGUCCUGGCCAAGACCGAGCCCAACUGGAAGGAGCGCCGAAAGUCGUCCGAGUAUGAGCACUUCGAGCACAAUGCCCCACUGCAGCACCUGACCCACGAGCAACUGCAGCAGCUGCACGAGGAGGCCGCCGCCGCCUGGGCGCUCGACUGGCAGACUGGCGUCCUCUACGUGGCCGUGCUCACCUGCCUGGUCUUCUUCUCGGUGGCCGCCUGCAUCCUCAUCCAUCACAUGCGCCAGUGGCGUCGCAUGGAGCGUCGCCUGGACCAGGAUGUGGAGGAGCUGUCGACCAAGCUGAUGGCCAAGCUGGCGGAGGUGCAGAGCCUGGACGGAGGCACCUUCUUCAUCGGCAACGCGGACGCCUUGCGAGGACUGCCCGCCUCCGCAGCGACGACGCAUCCAGCCACGACGCAGUCGGGGAUCUUCCAGCCACAACACGUGCUGCUGCCUGAGAAACGCGGCAAGCAGCAGGAGCGACGCAUCCUGAAGACCCUGCAGCCCGGCAAUGUCUACAUCGAGGAGAGCAACGCGGGACUCGGUGGCAUGAGUGGCAUGGGCGGCAUGGGCGUGGGCAUGGGCGUGGGCCUGGGCGUCCGUGGCUGUUCCGGCCUGAAGGGCUGAGCUGAGGAGUGGCGGGUGAGGGGACAUACUUAAGCAGUGGCUAUGCGGCAGCAUCAACGCAGGACGAAGCGAGAAUGCAUCCGGAACACGAAGCGGAACCGGAAACGGAACCGGAAUCGAAACCGGAAACGGAAAUGGGAUUGGAGAAAGAACUUUGUACAAACAGCCGCUUAACAGGAGGAAGACGGAAGGGAACCGAAACUAUUAUUAUUUUUUAUAUAAUUAAUCUUAUUCUAAUUAUUACGACUUUUUUUUUUCUCUUGUCCUAAUAUUUAAUUGAAUCGUUAUGUUGACUUGUUUGUAAUGCGCGGACAGAUGAGGACGCCGGGGGAAUCCCGAGCGAUGCGGCAGAAUGUUUUGUACAUAGAGAUGAGGCAUGUGGCAUGAGGCCCACCCACGUACGAGUAUAUGAUAGAAGCGAUUUAGAUUAACAAAUCUCUACUUAAUGUAAAUACUAAGGCGAUCGAACACGCGACCCCAAACGCAACGAAUGCACCACAUCGUUGCGGCUUGGAACGAAACCAAGUAAUAUUGGCCAACAUAUCAGCUUCUAUAUGCUUGCAACGCAUAUGGAGGCGCGUAUUGUUAACAUCACCCAUAUCCUAGUUCUAGCAUCCAGUAUACAGUAUCCAAUACCCCGUAAUCCCACCAGCAAGUUAAAAUAUCUAACGACAGCAUUUUCCGGCUAGCUGCUACCGAGCUUAAUCGAAUUAACUGCAACAGCAACUGCAACUGCAACUGCAACUGCUUCUGUAACAGUAAUGGUAACAGUAAAGAUACAGAUAUAAAGAUAAGAUAUAGUAAUAAUGCUAAUUAACGGAUAACUAUAUCGAUAGGGAGAAAUGUCUAUGUUCUAAGUGCUAUCAGUGUGCAACAGCAAUAAAAAC